AGUAAAUGGUCACGUGUUUAUGGGUCACAUCAACGAUAUCCUCAUGGAGAUACAUGUGCCGGUAGUUCUAUGUUUUAAAUAGGCGACAGCUUUCAUUUCGUGCAUCUUUUUUGGUUGUUUCAAACCCGAAUUUUAGUCAGCUCGUUGUCUAAACCGACCAACCGUGAGUUUUUUUAAGACAGAUAGCAGGUUGAGUUUAACGUUAUCCCGCUUAUCGUCACUAUCUCAGUUCAUUUUUUUUUGUUUAGAGAUGAAGGGGGAAUUGAAGCAGAACAGCAAGAAGAAGAAGAAGAAGGCGAAUGCAACGUUACAGAAAUACAUAGUGGCAGUGGACGAAUUCGUUAAAAGCAAAAGUAGCACAGAAGGAGCGGAGCAUGACCAUGGGUUGAGAUUUGUAAAAAAGAAAAGCAGAAAGGAGCUACGCCGAGAAAAGCGAAAAAUUAAGAAAGCCAAAAUGAAAAGUCAUUACGAGGGUUACAAGGUCCUCAGUUUACCCCCAGGUGAAGGUGAAACCUCGGCAAUGCCAGGUGAGAAACAGCCACGGGAGAAAAAGGAGAAGAAAAAAAUGGAGAAAGCAAGUAAAGACCUGUCAAAAACAGACGCAAGCCAGGCUGCUACUGCUCCUAAAGAAAGGUCAGGUAACCAUAAGAUGCCAUCAUCCGCCAAGAAAGGCAAGAAAGUGAAUAAGCUUCAAGAAUCAAGAAAGAUGGCACUCAUGGAGGCAAAUGAACAAGAGGACCGAGAGAUAAAGAAGCUGGAGCGCCGCCUGGGAUUAAACAAAAGGAAAAACAAAAAAAGUCUCCCACAGUCCUUUGUGGCUGAUGGACUGGAUUACAUCCUUGGCUUGCUUGACCCUGGCACAUCAGCUGCAGGAGUGUACGAUAACGAUGAUGACAUGGACAUGGCCAAAGCAAACUUUGAAAAGCUUGAUGACAAUGACUCUCAGUUGUCCGAUGAUGAUGAAGAACCUGAAGAUCAGAUGGCCAGUGAAGGCAGCGAUGAAGAUUUGGCUUCAUUUGAUGGUGAAAAUGAGGAGGAGGAGGAUGAUGGUGAUGAUGAAAUGGUUGAUGAGGAGGAAGUAGAGGAGGAGGAGGAAGAAAUGGAAGGUGACAUUGACAAGAGUGAUGAAAAUGAAGGGGAAACGGAGAGAGAAGCAGACACUCCUGACACAAAGAUAUCAGAACCAGAGACAGAAACAGUCACCUCUACAACUGGAAAAUAUGUGCCACCUCACUUACGUAACACAGGAAAUGACAAACGCAAAGCUGAGCUCGAAAAACUAAAGAGGAAUGUGAAGGGCCUGCUCAACAGGCUGAGCGAGCCCAACAUGGCCUCUAUCAGUGGUCAGCUGGAGGAGCUGUACAUGAGCUGCAGCAGGAAGGAUAUGAAUGACACCCUGACAGAGGUGCUGCUGGCAGCCUGCGUCACGCCGGCGCUGAUGCCCGACAGACUCCUGAUGGAGCACGUCCUGAUGGUCAGCGUCCUCCAUCAUGCCGUCGGCCUGGAGGUGGGGGCACAUUUUCUAGAGAUUGUUGUGCGGAGGUUUGAUGAGUUGUACAAGAACCCAAGUGAAGGCAAAGAGUGCAACAACCUGGUGGCCAUCGUUGCUCACCUCUAUAACUUCCAGGUUGUGCACUCCCUCCUCAUCUUCGACAUCCUAAAACUUUUAGUGGCAGCGUUUACAGAGAAAGACAUUGAACUAGUUCUUUCUGUGCUGAGAAAUGUCGGCUUCGCCCUGAGGAAGGAUGACGCACUGGCUUUGAAAGAACUCAUCUUGGAGGCCCAACGCAAGGCCAGCGAUUUGGGAUCGAAGUUUCAGGAUCAAACCAGGGUGCGUUUCAUGUUGGAGACCAUGCUGGCUUUGAAGAACAACGAUAUGCGCAAGAUCCCAGGCUAUGAUCCUGAGCUCGUGGAGAGACAUAGAAAGUUGCAGAGGACUCUGAUCCACCGCAGCGCAGGAGGCAAAGACAUGAAACUGAGGGUCUCUCUGGACAGUCUCCUGGCUGCAGAGCAUGUCGGCCGCUGGUGGAUAGUCGGCUCCUCGUGGAGCGGAGCACCCAUGAUUAACGAACCAGGGAACACAACCACAAAACAGUGUACCGCUGAAGGACAGUUUAGUGCCAAAGUCUUAGAGCUGGCUAGGAAACAGCGGAUGAACACUGAAGUAAGGAGAAACAUCUUCUGCGUUCUUAUGACCAGCGAAGAUUACCUGGAUGCAUUUGAGAAACUGCUGAGGAUGGGACUGAAGGAUAAGCAGGAGAGAGAGAUUGUGCACGUUCUGAUGGACUGCUGUCUGCAGGAGAAAUCCUUUAAUGCCUUCUACGCUGUACUGGGAGAAAAAUUCUGCUCCCAAGAUCGCCGCUUCCAGAUGACUUUCCAGUUCAGCCUAUGGGACAAGUUCAGGGAGCUUUCCAACCUUCCCUGCAGGACCUUCAACAAUCUGGUCCAGCUGGUCGCCCGCUUCCUCCAGAGAAAGUGCCUCUCACUCUCCAUACUUAAAGUAAUAGAGUUUGGAGAGCUAGAUAAGCCCUCAGUUCGCUUCUUGCGUCAAGUGCUGACUAAACUACUAAAAGAAACUGAGUCAGAGGAUCUAGCCAGCAUAUUUGGAAGGAUUUCAGGAAUUCCCAAUCUCGGAAUGCUGCGGGAGGGCUUGAAGCUUUUCAUCAGCCACUUCCUGCUGAAGAAUGCCCAGUCACAGGGACCAGCUGAGCAAGCAGCGAUGCUGUCAGAGCGCGCCCAGGUCGCCACCAAGGCCAUGGAGGCCAAAGAGGCCACGCUCAAACUGUAAAACACAACAGACGUAGUUUAAACCAGAACUGUGCAACACAAGAAGGCUUGUUUGAAUGAAAUACCUCUUAAUCCAAAACAGAAUCCUACAGUUUGUUUUUAAAAAAGAAUAUGAUUUUGAUAUUAAAUCUUUGUUUUUGCUUUUA